AAGCACUUGUUCUCCUUGAUCUGCCGGAAAGGUGCCUCCCCCCUACGCAUGAGCCGGAAAUACCAGCCGGUGGGCAGCAAAGAACCCGAAGAAGAGCCUGAAGAAGAAUCUGAACUGAAGUCAGUGGAAGAAGAGAAAGAGGUUACGGCCCUCUCUCCCAAAGAGGCUUGCAAACGCCAUGCAGACGAGUUGGCAAAAAUGUUACAGGUCGAUAUACAGAAGGGACUGUCUGAAGUGUCAGUGCUGCACCGAAGGAUCAAGCAUGGCUGGAAUGAAUUUGUAAUAGAUAAUACGCAGCCAGUGUGGAAGAAAUAUCUAGACCAGUUUAAGAACCCCCUGAUCCUUUUGCUGCUGGCCUCCGCUUUAGUAAGUGUGGUCACUAAAGAAUACGAAGAUGCCGUGAGUAUUGCAAUGGCUGUCAUCAUCGUGGUGACUGUGGCCUUCAUCCAGGAGCACCGCUCUGAGAAAUCUCUGGAGGAACUCAACAAGUUAGUCCCACCAGAGUGUAACUGCAUGAGAGAGGGCAAACUGCAGCAUCUUCUUGCUCGAGAGCUUGUUCCUGGAGACAUUGUGUGCCUUUCUAUGGGAGACAGGGUUCCUGCAGACGUCAGACUCGUAGAGGUUACAGAUCUCUUAGUGGAUGAAUCCAGUUUCACGGGGGAAGCAGAGCCCUGCAGUAAGAACGAUGGUAUCUUAGCAGAAGCUGGAGACCUGAUGACCCUCACCAAUGUCGCAUUCAUGGGAACUCUAGUACGAUACGGCAAAGGCAAAGGCAUUGUCAUUGGAACAGGUGAAAACUCACAGUUUGGGGAGGUAUUCAAAAUGAUGCAAGAAGAAGAGACCCCCAAGACUCCACUGCAGAAAAACAUGGACAAACUGGGGAAACAGCUUACUCUCAUUUCAUUUGGCAUCAUUGGUUUACUUAUGCUGAUUGGCUGGCUGCAGGGGAAGCAUCUUCUUGGCAUGUUCACCAUUGGAGUGAGCUUAGCGGUGGCUGCAAUCCCAGAGGGCCUCCCCAUCGUGGUCACGGUGACCUUAGUCCUGGGCGUCUUGAGGAUGGCCAAGAAACGAGUCAUUGUGAAGAAGCUGCCAAUUGUAGAAACUCUAGGCUGUUGCAAUGUUAUCUGCUCUGAUAAGACCGGGACCUUGACAGCCAAUGAAAUGACUGUCACUCAGCUCGUCACCUCGGAUGGAUUCAAGGCAGAGGUGAGCGGAGUUGGGUACAACAGAGAAGGAGAUGUGUGUCUCUUACCCUCCAGAGAAGUCAUCAAGGAAUUUUCAAACAUCUCUGUGGGGAAAUUAGUGGAGGCUGGCUGUGUUGCCAACAAUGCAAUCAUCAGGAAGACGACUGUGAUGGGGCAGCCGACUGAAGGGGCCCUGAUAGCCCUGGCAAUGAAGAUGGAACUGAGUGAUAUAAAAGACAUCUAUAUAAGGAAGAAGGAGAUCCCAUUUAGCUCAGAGCAGAAGUGGAUGGCAGUCAAAUGUGCUCUGAAAAACCAGGGGCAAGAAGAAGUCUACUUCAUGAAGGGGGCCUUUGAAGAAGUGAUGCAGCAUUGCACCAUGUAUAACAGCGGCGGCAUCUCCCUCCCAAUGACACCGCAGCAGAAGUCCGUCUAUGUUCAGGAAGAGAAGCACAUGGGAUCACUUGGCCUGAGGGUGCUUGCCCUGGCUUCCGGUCCAGAACUGGGCAGGCUGACAUUUUUAGGUCUUGUGGGAAUCAUCGACCCUCCAAGGCAUGGAGUGAAGGAAGCUGUUCGAGUCCUCAUUGAGUCAGGAGUUUCGGUGAAAAUGAUAACUGGAGAUGCCUUGGAAACAGCCCUCGCCAUUGGACGAAAUAUCGGCCUCUGCAAUGGGAAAAUGAAAGCUAUGUCUGGGGAGGAACUGGAGAACACCACAGAAUCAGCACUGUCAUCAACUGUCAAAAAUGUUUCCAUCUUCUUCCGAACAAGUCCAAAACACAAACUUAAAAUCAUAAAGGCUUUGCAACAGACCGGCGCCAUCGUGGGGAUGACGGGAGAUGGAGUGAAUGACGCAGUGGCUCUGAAAUCUGCUGAUAUUGGGGUUGCAAUGGGGCAGGCGGGCACAGAUGUCAGCAAGGAGGCGGCAAACAUGAUCCUUGUCGAUGACGACUUCUCAACCAUCAUGAGUGCAAUCGAGGAAGGAAAGGGCAUCUUUUACAACAUUAAAAAUUUUGUUCGGUUUCAGCUCAGCACGAGUAUCUCGGCACUGAGUUUGAUUGCUCUGUCAACAGUCUUCAAUUUGCCAAACCCGCUCAACGCUAUGCAAAUCCUGUGGAUCAAUAUCAUAAUGGAUGGGCCCCCAGCACAAAGUUUGGGUGUUGAACCAGUGGACAAAGAUGCCAUCAAGCAACCUCCAAGGAGCAUCACUGAUACGAUUCUCAGCAGGUCUCUGAUUCUGAAGAUCUUCCUGUCAGCCACCGUUAUAAUCAGUGGAACCAUGUUUGUCUUUUGGAAAGAGAUCCCGGAAAGUGGCAUAACGCCACGGACCACAACAAUGACUUUCACUUGCUUUGUGUUCUUUGACCUCUUCAACGCCCUGACAUGUCGUUCCCAGACAAAACUGAUACUAGAAAUUGGUCUUUUCCGAAACCGCAUGUUCCUGUAUUCUGUCUUGGGGUCUAUUUUGGGUCAAAUGGCUGUUAUUUACAUCCCUCCACUACAGAAGAUCUUCCAGACAGAGAAUUUAGGAGCACUAGAUUUGCUGUUCCUCGCAGCCUUGGCUUCUUCGGUUUUCUUCCUCUCUGAACUGAUCAAAGUGUGUGAGAAAUAUUGCUGCACCCCAUCAAAGACGGACAGCAACAUCCAACUAGAAGCUGUGUGACCAAAAUAACUCGGACUUCCCUUCUUGUGGAAUGCUGUUGGAAUGGAACUGUGAUCUAGGUCAAUUCACAGGGGACAAGUGGAUCUUUUUAUACACCUCUCAAAAUUCCCAACCAUCUCUACAUCCCAGCCCUGUCACCCACUGAUCAGAUUUCUUCCCUGUCACCAUCCAGUCCAUUGUAAUAGUUUUGAAAGGCGGCUUGUGUUGCUCCCAGCUAUCUCUCAGCUUACAAGAGUGUCUUCUGCAGGGUCAGAGAAUGGAGGAGGAGAACCAGAUGAAAUAACCACAGCACCAUCUUUAUUUAUUUAAGUUGCAAUUACUUCUUUUGUUAAUAAAAUGUGCCUUCUAGGGGCUAAUAUGG